AUGCCUCCAUCGCACCCAGACCAAAUCAGCUUGGAUUAUGUUCCUCUCCUCGCUUGCUCCGUCGUCUUCACCUUUCUCUCCUUCAUCGUUGUCGUCCUGCGGUUUCUUCAACGCAUCAAGAUAAGGAGUCAUUGGUACGAUGACUGGACUGCGUUUGCUUCGCUCAUCUUCUCCAUUGGCAUGAUGACAACCACUAUACUCGGAGGUACUCAGGCCCAUGCUGGUUACGCUGCCGUCACAUACUCCGCCUUGCAGCUGGGCAGGUUUUCAAGGAUCUUGCUGGCCUACAACGUCCUCUACAACUGGAGUCUCAUGGCCUCGAAGCUAUCCAUCCUGUUCUUCUUUUACCGAAUGCUCGUGGUCGACACUAAGCUGCAACGGCUUUUGCAAUGCGUCGGUGGAGCAAUCGUAGCCUCCUGCAUUGCCGUCACCUUAGCCCUGAUUCUCUCAAACAACCCCAUCCAGGGAACGACGAUAAACAGCAGCAUAUUUUGGAUCUCUACGGCCGCUCUUAACCUCGUCUUUGACAUUGCUGUUCUGAUGGCCCCCCAGGCCAAUAUUUGGAGAAAGCACAUGCCCAUCCACCGGAAGAGCGCAAUUGGUCUCCUCACCCUGCUUGGUUUUUCUGUUUGCGUAUUCGCCGCCGUGCGUCUGGCGUACGUCUCCCGUGCCAACCUAGACAACAUGACCUUCGAAAUCAUCAAGAUUGGGAUCUGGAGCUGUCUCGAAGCAAACUUGUCCAUCAUCUGCGCAUGCCUUCCCUCGGUCUAUUCCCUGUUCAGGGGCCCGAGAAUCAGGGGUCCUUCUUCUCAAGCAAACAUGUACCGUCGUCACGAGCCCGUGCCGUCCUCUGAUAAGAUGUAUCAUGAGCUCGGCUCCGGCGCACACCUCUCGUACCCGGGGAGUUACCAUGUUAGAGUGCAGUCACCUAGUGUGGGCAGCAGAGACGAUCUGACCCCCCUGGGGCCGAUCCGGGUAGAGAGAAGCUAUGGCUUCAGCGUGGCAGAUGCACACCCUUGA